UUUGCUAGUUCAGCGCGAACCUAUAACUCGCAUAUAAUGGCUGAAUGAACAAGUGUAAAUAAUCGUUUGUUUACUACUUACGCUGCACCUAAAUCCAAGUAGAAUCGCAACAUAGUAUUACACAAUGGAGAGCCAGCUGUCGCCGCGUUUCAAAAAGUUCAUCAAGAAAUGCCUGAACGACGAGUUCUCCAGCAGCAUAGAGGAAAACCUGAAGGGAGAUCGAGACCCCUACGACGUGGCUCAGAAGAUCAUCAACUCGCGCGAGAUGACGGAGCUAAGCCAUGCUAUCCGCACUUCGUUCGUCGAGCAGAUCGACGCCUCGAGAGCAACGACUCGUCUGAAUUCAGCGGCAACUUCGAGGCCCCAGACCUCUCUCUCAUUCGUCAGCGACCUGUCCGCUGGCGAUGAUUGGUCCCUCAAGGCCAAUGGUACCGAUGAGUUCGGCCAGAUCGUCGAGCAGAUGGGCCAGGAUCAACCUGACCACGUCAGGCUCGCCGGUUACGAGGCUCUAUUGGAGACCGAACUGGCCAAUCUUCCGACCAGCAAUUCUUGGGAAGCUCUUCUCAAGACUCUCCGAGAUGGUCUGACUGACGACAGCAGGUCCGUAUUCGAGGCUAGUCUCCUGGUGCACGCCAAGCUCCUCAACUGCCCCCAGUACCUUGGUGCCUACUCGAACCUGCUCAGCGCCUACACCGAGCAGUGCCACUCCAAGAAACUGUUCGACACGCUGCCAAACCUGUUGAGCGGCGUCAACUUCAAGAUCUUCCUGCACGAGAAGCUGUUUCGUAUGAUGCGACUGAUUCUCGACGAGCACGAGGAGCUGCUCAAGACCAGCCGCGCCGGCGACAAGUUCGUCGAGGAGGCGAUCGAGCAGUUCGUCGCCUUCGUCUGCUCGCACUCGAUAUUCAGCACGGCCCAGUUGCGCCAACUCAGCGCGCUAAACAUCAUCGCACUUCUGGAACCGCAAGCUGGCUGGAGCCGGAAAUGGCUUCAUGCGCUGCACACCCGGAAGAUUCUUUGCGCUGCCUUGUCCAAGUCACCGAGUCUCCUGCAUUUCGUCGUAGCUUGCGUAAAGCGAGGUCUGGAUCAGCAAGCUGGGCCUGUCUCCGUGACUAUCUGCGACGAGCCAGCGGACGUCUUUGUAUCGGGGGAUUCGAUCGAGGUCUUCACAUACUUACACUGCCUACACCUGCUGACUCAACUGUGCAGCUACUCCACUGGUCGGACAUUGCUGUCCGAAAGUCAGACCAAUGAGUCCUUCUCCAUCCCAGAUUUUCUGGCUGGGCUGUUGAGUUCACUGAACGCCUUGGCUGCAUCGGAUGCGUCCAACGGCAUCUACGAGACGGUCAGAUCUGCUCUCAAGACUCUUCUCAAAAGACCUCCAAUCCUCUACGACGCGAGGUUUCAUCGUAUGGCUCUGAGCCCGCUCGAGAGACCGGAGCAGAUGAGGCUGUGGCCGCACAGUCUCGACGUACUUGGCCACAUGCUCGACACCCAGGACGGACCAAACUUUCUCAUGACCGAGUACAGAAUCAACUCGGCUGCGAGUCUGGAGAACAGCAGGAGUCCAAGUUGCCCGCUCAUGACGAUCCUCGCAUAUGCAGCAGAUAUGCUCAGACAACCUGUGGCCGUGAUGAGCGUCGAGCACGUGGUGCAGCUGUUCAGAUUUGUCGGCAGAAUUUUCGCGAUCCACGAGAUAUUUUACAUCGUCGAGGAGAUGGUCCGGGAGAACUUCUAUCCAAGCGUUACCUAUCUGUACAGCAAGUUGGACAAGUACUACAUCGAGAACGAGAACAAGACGCAGUACCUCGACAAAGCAGUGAAGGAAAUGCUGUUGAGCGUGGUAUCGAUACCCUUGGGUCUUCAGAUGUUGUCCAACGAGCCACUAGUUUUAGAGGAGCUGAUACGCGGCUCGAUAGCUCCGGUUCGAGCCUCCUGGAGCGACUUCAACGUAGUCAGCUUCAUAUCCAACGCGGGCUUUCUAAGCCGUGGAACGGAAAUCCUGCUGGAUCUAGCACCCCAUGUCCUGUCAACUCCUUUGGCCGAGGUGUGCAAGGUCCUGGAAGAUCCGCAACAGUUUCACGAUCCUUGGGAGAAUGCAGAUGUUAAGCUCUUCCUUCACGUGCUCUCUCUGUUUUCUCUCAACACAAGCUGUUUUAUGGCCUUCAUGACGAGCGCGAACGAGGCAAGCCAAGAAGAUUCGGGAGAGUAUCUCACCAACUUGUACGAGCUUUUUCAGCACUUCAUCGACAUAGAUUCUCAGUAUCAUCAUCUAGGACUCUUGUCGCUCAAAGUCAUUAUUUGGAAUUUAGAUAUUUACAUUUACUUGAUCAACUUGUUAGAUUUUCAGAACGAGAUGCUCAAGUUCCAAGAAUACGGAUCGUACGAGCACGAUGAGUCUCUCGAUGUCAAGAGCAACUACAUCGUUGACGAGUGUAGCCUCUUGCGGCAUACGAUCUUGCUGAAUUGCUACUACGUAAGGCACAAGCGUAAAGAGUACAUGGUCACACCGGAGGAGAGUCGAUUAUUUUCAAAAUUGCCACCCGCUGAGGGCAUCGACGACGACUUUGUGAAACGAAGUCCCUCACAGUCGAACUUGACCACCUGGUUGCAGGACACCGGGCCCGGACUGCGAGAUCAUAACUGGGUUCUGCAGACUAGACGGGCACACAGAUCGUCGCCCGCCCCGAUGCAGAAUGCCGUAUUGAUAAAUUUACUGGAUCAAAUGGAGCAAGCAGUGGAGCAGGUCGAAUGGGUGGACCGAUUCAAAUGGGAUCCCGAUUUGAAGUGUAGUGACGAUUACUGGCUGCCGGAAGAACUGCAUGGAAUCGAUUUAGUUGUACACUAUGGUGUGAUUAAUGGACAGUUAGAAAGAACAGGCGACAGCAAGCACAAUUUAAAAGUGUUUAUUCAAUCCUCACAUGACUUUAUAAAUUACAACAAGUCCUUGCAAUUUGAAGGAUUCGACUGGUUUUUGUCGACUAUUUUUCUCAUUUGCAGCGGUAACGUAGAGAAGGCAAAAACAUUUGUGACACAAAUUUUAAGAUUUCCAUCGGCGAUAUUCAUGUGGCCUGCGCUCGCGCAAGCUGUUGAUGAGUCAAACGAAGAAGAGGCUUCAACGAGGUUUCUGUUUGCCCAUCUUCUUGAAAAUAUUGUCAGCCAAGAAUUCCCGACGAUAAAAUUUGCACUAAAGAAUGAAUGCGGGAUUGACUGGUGGAUGAUCUGUGAUAGACAGCUCACUCAAUGUUUCUGGGGGAUUCUUCCAUGGAGUGAAAUCAUGCAUUACUUGGCGAUUUGCAUUACGCAUCCACCAGAUUAUGUGGUUUACUACUGCGCUUCUUUGUUAAAUCACUGCGAAGGUGAAAUGUUGAAAAACAUUAUGAAAGGAAAAUUGUGGCCCGAAGAUAUGAUCUUGGAAGAUUAUCGGAUUCACAGUCAGAUGGGAUUCAUGGACCGUUUGGGAAAAAGACACGGAGGAAAAGUGCUUCCACCAUUAACGCAACGGAAACUUAAUAUUCAAGAUAACGAGGGAAAUAGUUGAGUACUAUAAACAUCAAAUUAAAAUGUUUUGUUAACUUUUAUGUAAAUGGAUCAUUGACUCGCUAUAUUUUGUACAGCUGACUAAUUAGUUAUAGCUUUUAAUAAAAAUAAAAAAACAAACAAUACAAUGCCAGAUGACGUGAAAAAA